CGUAGGGUUUUAUAAAUUUCACCCUCCCACACACACACACACACACACACACACUUGAACCUAUAAUAUCUAAUUGUUACAAAUCAAUCAUACCUUAGAAAUGGACACAUACGCCUUGCAUUUAGCUAUGGCGGCACUAGUGGGAGCUUCAUUUGUAGCUGUGUCGGCAUACUAUAUGCACCGUAAAACCCUAGACCAACUUCUUGAAUUUGCCAAAACCAUUGAGAAAGAAAGAGAGGAUGGGGAUGAUCAUUACAAGAACUUGAAUGGUAUCAAUCGGAGAAAUGGGGUUUAUCGAAAUAAGGGUUCGACUUCGUUGCCAGACGUCACGUCGAUUUCGGGUGGUGGGCAUGAUGAUGAUGGUAUCCCUGUUGGCUUGCCUAAGCUUCAAACUGUUCAGGAAGGGAAAUCUACUGGCCACACUGGGUUGGCUAAGAGAGCUUCACUCAUACUUAGACCGACUUCUCCAAAGUCUCCGGUUGCUAGUGGAAGUGCUUUUGAAGACGUUGAAGGAUCUGAUGACGAUGUUGAUGUGACUGACAAUGUUAAUCCGGAUGCUACAUACCUUCACACAAAUGGGGACACGGGCCCAGAGUGUGCAAAUGUUAAUGCAAAUGGUGAACAGUUGUCCAUCACGGCAGCUACUAUGAUACGCUCACAUAGUGUAUCUGGUGAUCUGCAUGGUGUACAACCUGAUCCCGUAGCUGCUGAUAUUCUAAGAAAGGAGCCAGAGCAUGAAACUUUUGUACGACUUAAGAUCAGUCCGUAUGAGACACCAUCACCUGAUGAAGCGGAGGUCUAUAGGGCUUUACAGGGUUGCCUUGAAAUGCGCGAGUCUUAUGUGUUCAGAGAAAGCAUUGCUCCAUGGGAGAAAGAGGUCAUAUCUGAUCCCAGUACACCGAAGCGCAAUCCAAAUCCAUUUGGUUAUGCUCCUGAGAUAAAAUCUGACCAUUAUUUUGAAAUGGAAGAUGGAGUCGUUCAUGUUUAUUCGAAUAAAGAUUCAAAAGAAAAGCUCUUUCCGGUUGCUGAUGCAACAACCUUUUUCACCGACUUGCAUCACAUCCUUAAAGUGAUAGCUGCUGGCAAUACACGAACGGUAUGCCAUCACCGUCUUGGUCUCCUGGAACAGAAAUUCAACCUUCAUUUGAUGCUAAAUGCGGACAAAGAAUUUUUAGCUCAGAAAAGUGCCCCACAUCGUGACUUCUAUAAUGUUCGGAAAGUCGACACUCAUGUUCAUCAUUCUGCAUGCAUGAAUCAGAAACAUCUGUUGAGGUUUAUAAAAUCAAAGUUGAGAAAAGAACCUGAUGAGGUUGUAAUUUUUCGGGAUGGAACUUAUCUAACAUUAAGAGAAGUUUUUGAGAGCUUGGAUUUAACUGGUUACGACCUCAAUGUUGAUCUGUUAGAUGUGCAUGCAGACAAGAGCACCUUUCAUCGUUUUGACAAAUUUAAUCUCAAGUACAAUCCCUGUGGUCAGAGUAGGCUUAGGGAAAUCUUCUUGAAGCAAGAUAACCUUAUCCAGGGCCGCUUCCUUGCGGAGUUGACUAAACAAGUAUUCACAGAUCUUGAAGCGAGUAAAUAUCAAAUGGCUGAAUACAGAAUAUCCAUAUAUGGGCGAAAGCAAAGCGAGUGGGACAAUUUGGCAAGUUGGAUUGUGAAUAAUGAACUAUACAGUGAUAAUGUUGUAUGGCUUAUUCAGUUACCACGCCUUUACAAUAUAUACAAGGAAAUGGGUAUUGUCACAUCAUUCCAGACCAUCCUUGACAAUAUUUUCCUUCCUCUCUUCGAGGUUACCGUGGACCCAGCAUCACAUCCUCAGCUACAUGUUUUCUUGAAACAGGUGGUAGGAUUGGAUUUGGUGGAUGAUGAGAGCAAGCCCGAAAGACGCCCUACAAAGCACAUGCCAACGCCGGCUCAAUGGACUAAUAUAUUCAACCCUGCCUUCUCAUACUAUGUAUACUAUUGUUAUGCCAACCUCUAUACCCUAAACAAGCUCCGUGAAUCAAAAGGCAUGACUACCAUCAGAUUUCGACCUCAUUGUGGGGAGGCUGGUGACAUUGACCAUCUUGCUGCUGCAUUUCUUACGACUCAUAACAUUGCACAUGGGAUCAACCUGAGAAAGUCUCCUGUACUUCAGUACUUGUACUACCUUUCUCAGAUUGGUCUUGCUAUGUCUCCUCUGAGCAACAACUCCUUAUUUCUUGAUUAUCACCGGAACCCUUUCCCAACAUUUUUCCUACGUGGCCUUAACGUUUCCCUAUCUACUGACGAUCCAUUACAAAUCCAUCUAACAAAGGAGCCAUUGGUGGAGGAGUACAGCAUUGCAGCUUCUGUAUGGAAAUUAAGUGCCUGUGAUCUCUGUGAGAUUGCGCGUAAUUCUGUAUACCAGUCGGGUUUUUCACAUGUUCUGAAGUCUCAUUGGAUAGGCCAGGAGUACUACAAGAGAGGACCAGAUGGAAAUGAUAUUCGCAAGACAAAUGUACCACAUAUCCGACUUGAAUUUCGUGAUAUGAUCUGGAGAGAGGAAAUGCAGCAGAUUUAUUUAGGGAAGGCACGCCUGCCUGAAUACAUCGAGACUUAGCUUCAUUGAUGUGGUUCCACCAUUUGUGGGUUAUCGGCAGCUAGUUACGGGAUUUUGUUACUGCUGUUUCCGUGGCCCACUUUUGGUGACAUCAUGGCACUCUUGAGUCUUGACUAUUGUAGGGAUCUGAAACUUGGCAUACUGCUAAUUCCUAAAGCUUAAGAGCUACUGUGGAUCAACACCAGAGUUCAGUGAAAGCUUUAGGUCAACUUGGGCUCAUCAUGUAAGUGUAAAUUAUAAGAGGUCUUCACAACCUGAAAUAUAAAGCUAAUAGCAAGAAAAUCACAAGACGAUCUUUGCUGCGGCUUUCAGGGAUAUAGUAGCCAACGGAUAGAAUAAACGAAGUAUCUGUUUCAAGAUGCUUGAUGAGUUUCUUAGUUUUGCUGUGCAAUGAAAAUGUUGGGAUUUUGUUAUCAUUUUUUCUUCUUUCAGCCACACAUUUCUAAAUAUGCUUAUUACAGCUGAAUUUUGUAUGCUUGUAAAACUAAUAGUGGGGUUGCAAUGUCAUGAAUGGCUUCACAAAAUGAUAGCAUCUAUGAAUCAUAACUUGAUAAUUUAUAUUUACAUAUUUGGUUA